AUUGCCACUGGUGUUUAUAACUUCAACGAGAUGAUGAUUUUAUCGAAAUAACGUCGAUGAGAUAAUAAUAAUAAUAAUACGGAGAUUCCGAACACUGGCGAUUAUCACAAAACCAAAAGUGCCCAAACGAGUUAUAAAGUUAGAGUUUUAGGUCAGCAAUCAUCAUCAAAACAUAAAUAAAUGACCAGUUUAGUGAAUAUUAGUCCAGCAGAAUGUUCGUGUCUUUUGCCUUAGUGGUAUGCUUAGGAUUGAUAGUACAUGCGGGUGAUCUGACAACACCUGGCUUUCCAUUUGACGAUGUUUACUAUCCUAAUGCAAAUUGGUCGGAUACUUUCGACUGGAAACUCUUGAAGGAAUACUCUACACAGUAUAGAAAUAUACUGAUUUCUCCUGCUAGUCUGAAAAUAUUGUUAGCUUUGCUUUAUCAAGGAUCCAGUGGAAUCACCCAAAGAGAAUUCGAAAGCCUGUUACAAUUUACAGACCAAAAGACUGUUAGAGAGCAAUAUCGUACUGUUUUGUCUCAAUUACAGAUCAUUGAAAACCAUGAAUACGUUUUCAACAUGGGUACUCGAAUAUUUCUGGAUCCCUCAGUACAACCACAACAACGAUUCGCCAGUAUUGCCAAGGACUUUUUCAAAACAGAUAUCGAAAUUACCAAUUUUCAUGAAUCCCUGGAAGCCAGUGAAAGUAUCAAUUCUUGGGCAGAAAAAUUGACGAAUGGGAGGAUUUCUACCUUAGUUACACCUGCGGAUGUACAAUAUUCAGUUAUGGUACUAGCGAAUGCUAUGUAUUUCCGAGGUUCUUGGCGAUAUCAAUUUCCAAAGGAAAAUUCUAGAAAUGGAAAGUUCUUCAUCCCGCAUGGGGAUGAAUUCGUUACAGUACAAACUCCGUACAUGUCGACUGUAGAUAAGUUUUACUACACGGAAUCUUCUACCUUGGAUGCUAAAAUUCUGAGAUUGCCAUACAAAGGUGGACGAUACUCUAUGUUUAUUGUGUUGCCGAAUUCCAGAGGUGGCCUUCCAAAUUUGAUGAAGAGUAUCAAUAUUAACAGUUUGAAAGAUGCCAUGUUCACCUUGGACUUACAGUCAGUUGAUGUCCGGUUGCCAAAAUUCAAAUUUGACUUCCAAGCAAAGUUGGGACAGACACUUCGAAAUUUCGGCCUCAUGCAAAUGUUUCAAAACACGGCCAGUUUUCCUGGAAUAGCCAGGGACAACACUACGAGGCAGUUGGUGGUAUCAGAUAUAAUUCAAAAGUCUGGAAUAGCGAUAGAUGAGGAAGGCAGUGUUGCCUAUGCUGCUUCUGAAGUGAGUCUCGAUAAUAGAUUUGCACAGUACGCUAGACCUUUGUUCGAUGCAUCCCAUCCCUUCAUGUUCCAUAUAGAAGAUGAAAGAACAGGAACGAUCUUAUUUGUUGGCAAAAUAGAGAACCCAUUGGAAAAAUAAUCACCACCUUCUGUUCCUGAGCCAACGAACAGAUGAUGCUUGCCGAAUUUGCACUGGAAGGAGACUAUACCCCAAAGAUUAAUGAUAAGUCAGCAAGAAUAAAAAUUGUGUUUGUUUUGAUUCAUCCUUGUUAGAGAUAAGUCACCAUAAAUCAUCUUUGAUACAAAACAGGUUUUGUUUUAUUC